CAACGGGAAGGGCCCCUCGGUCCUCCUGCCCCAGACGCUGGCGGUGACGACAGCCGAGCCGCGCCGCAGAGAACGAAGGCCCAGCGCACGGAGCGCGCGCUCCCGACAGGGGCUGGGAGGCUCCGCGGCGCCACCUUUAAGCGUCACUGGUGGGGCUCUGCUUCUGAACACCCGGGUGUGAACAUGUCGCGGCUGAAGGGAGUAGCUGGGCGGGAUCCCCGAGCGGGGUUCCGAGCUGAGAGGAGAGACCGCGGUGCCUCCGUACCCCAGGGCCUAUUAAAGGCGGCGAGGAAGAGCGGGCAGUUAAACCUGUCGGGCCGCAACCUCAGUGAAGUGCCUCAGUGUGUUUGGAGAAUAAAUGUGGAUAUCCCUGAAGAAGCUAAUCAGAAUCUUUCAUUCAGUGCUACUGAGCGAUGGUGGGAACAGACAGAUUUGACCAAACUAAUCAUAUCAAACAAUAAACUUCAGUCACUUACUGAUGACCUCCGACUCCUUCCUGCACUGACUGUUCUUGAUAUACAUGAUAAUCAGCUGACAUCCCUUCCUUCUGCUAUAAGAGAAUUAGAAAAUCUUCAGAAACUUAAUGUCAGCCAUAACAAUCUGAAAAUACUCCCUGAAGAAAUUACAAAUCUAAGAAACCUGAAGGGCCUAUAUCUCCAGCAUAAUGAACUAACUUGCAUACCAAGGGGAUUUGAACAACUUUCCAACUUAGAAGAUUUAGAUCUUUCGAACAAUCGUCUUACAACUGUUCCUGCUAGUUUUGCAUCUCUGUCCAGCCUGCUGCAACUCAAUCUUUCCAGUAAUCAACUGAAGAGUUUGCCUGCAGAAAUAAGUGGAAUGAAAAGAUUAAAGCAUUUGGAUUGUAAUUCAAAUCUCUUGGAAACUAUACCUUCUGAAUUGGCUAGCAUGGAAUCACUAGAAUUGCUUUAUUUGCGGAGGAAUAAAUUACGUUUUCUACCGGAAUUUUCUUCUUGUAAAUUAUUAAAGGAAUUACAUGUAGGUGAAAACCAGAUUGAAAUGUUAGGGGCAGAACACCUUAAGCAUCUGAAUUCUAUCCUUGUGCUAGACCUGCGAGAUAACAAGUUAAAAUCUGUUCCAGAUGAAAUUACACUCCUGCAAUCUUUGGAAAGGCUUGACCUAAGCAACAAUGAUAUUAGUAGUCUGCCCUGUUCAUUGGGAGAACUUCAUUUGAAAUUCCUGGCACUAGAAGGAAAUCCUUUGAGAACGAUUCGAAGAGAAAUUAUAAAUAAAGGAACCCAAGAAAUCUUAAAAUAUCUACGAAGCAAGAUUAAAGAUGAUGGACCUAGCCAAAGUGAUUCUGUUACUGAGACUGCCAUGACACUACCAAGUGAAUCUAGAGUCAAUGUACACACCAUCAUCACAUUAAAAAUAUUAGACUAUAGUGAUAAACAAACAACUUUGAUUCCUGAUGAAGUGUUUGAUGCAGUAAAAAGUAACAUUAUCACUUCUGUUAACUUCAGUAAGAAUCAGCUAUGUGAAAUUCCCAAAAGGAUUGUGGAACUGAAGGAAAUGGUUUCUGAUGUCAAUCUCAGUUUUAAUAAGCUUUCCUUUAUAUCCUUGGAAUUAUGUAUGCUUCAAAAAUUAACCUUUAUAGAUCUCAGGAAUAAUUUUUUAAAUUCUUUGCCUGAAGAAAUGGAAUCAUUGAUAAGACUACAAACAAUCAACCUUUCCUUUAAUAGGUUCAAAAUACUACCUGAAGUUCUGUAUCGAAUUCCCACACUUGAAACAAUUUUGAUUAGUAAUAAUCAGGUUGGAUCUGUGGACCCUCAGAAAAUGAAGACAAUGGAAAAUCUGAUUACAUUGGACCUUCAAAAUAAUGACCUCCUACAAAUUCCACCAGAGCUUGGUAAUUGUGUGAACUUAAGGACAUUGCUACUAGAUGGAAAUCCGUUCCGCGUUCCUCGAGCAGCCAUAUUAAUGAAAGGAACAGCUGCUAUUCUGGAAUAUUUGAGAGACCGAAUUCCUACUUAAGUUGAAGUUGUUACAUAAUCUUGGUCAUGUUAAUUCUUAGAGUUCUUAGAUUGAUAACUAACAUUUCUAAGGUAUCAUGUACAUUUAUAAUGGUGUAACUACAUAUAGUGUUCAUACAUUUGCUCUGAAUGUUUUGCAUAAGAUUUAUCCUCACUUUCAUUCCCUUAUAACACAGCAGACAGUUUCUUCAGAAGUGAAUUUUUAUUUAUCACAGUUUAAUAUUUUUAUAAUGACAAAGCAUUGUUGUAGAGGUGGGGUUUUUUUUUCCCAUUUCUGUUUGUGUUACGUAUGUUAUGACCAAUUGACUUGAAUAUGACCAUCCAAUUUCUACCUUUUUAUUGGAUAUAGAAUUGAAUUGAAUUUUGUUUAAUACUGUUCUUUGGCAUUUAAAAAAAUAAGACUUUUCAUUAUCCAUAAUAGGACUUUUAUGAUGUGGUUGGUGUCAGUAUAAGUUUCAAAUUAAUAUUUACUGGCUUGUUUUUGUUUAUAUAGUUGAAAUGUUUUUUCCUAGCCUUUUUUACAUGUUUCAUGAAAUCAUUUUGUCGGGGUUUCUAAUGUCACAGAAAUGCUACAUAAGAUAUGGUUAUUGGUGGAGAAAAUAGUAAAAGUGUUGUUAUAAUUGCUCUCACAAUUCUGAAUUUAAAACUUGACUGGGUUUUGUUUUUUUUUUAAGAUGUCUUAGUGUUAAGUUUCGAUACAGUAAUCUAGUACUUCUAGAUUCAACAAAUUUAAAGAAACUGGAUCUGCAUAUUUUUCCCUCAGAGUGUGAGCAUUUAAAAAAUACCUUUUGUUCUUUUAAAAAAAAGUACUGAAAUUUUAUUAAUUUUUAUGGAUAACAGCAACAGAAAAUAAUAGCAUAUACUACAUAGAAAUCUUGAAAUGUAUUUUGUUUAAAUACUUACUAAGCAGGUAUUUGUAUAUAUAAUUACUCUGUUGAUGUGUUCUAAUCCAUCCUUGUGCCUUUUUUUUAUUUCCAGGGUCUUAAUUUUUAAAUUUGCUUGUAGUCAUGUGGUAAUUUUCUAAAAGGGAAUUUGUUAUAUUUGAUAAAAAUCAAAUAUAAACAUUUAUACCAAAAAUAUCAGAAGUAAGUAGGCUAGUCAGUCAUUAUAAAACAUACUAUGUGAUUCUAUUAAGUAACUAAUCAAUAGAAUGUAUAUUAGUUUAUAUAAAUAGAUGGAUGGAUAGGUACAUAGGUAGGUAGAUAGAUAGACAGGUGGAUGGAUGGAUAGAUAGCUUUUGGAUGAUUGAGACAUGCUCAUAUUAUGAAAAAAAAUCAUUGCUAAUAAAGAUAAAUACUACGUGUUCAUUAAAAAGUUACAUUUUUCAAA